AUGGCCAAGUUAGCAAACAGCAUUCAAAGAAGGUUCCACACAUAUGGCAAAGUCAGUGUUGCCUUUCCUAUAGAUACUUGGUGCGAUCUUGCUUCUCAGAUUCUUAGUUUCUCUAUAUAUGAAUCUGGGCUUAGGAGGCAAUUUCUCACUGAUCAGUUCAUCUUCCUUCAGAAGUGUCCAAUGCUUAUUAAAGAUGUUCUCAAUGAUAUUCUUAUUCUGACUGCUCCUCGUUCCGUGUGUACUGAAAGCUGUUUUCCUGGAUUCAGGAAAGUUCUUCUGAAAGAUCAGAAAAAGUGCUGCUACGGCUGUGUCCCAUGUCCAGAGGGAGAAAUCACAGUCACAUUUGAUAUGGACAACUGCAUGAGAUGCUCACAGGAUCAGUGGUCUAAUCCCAGAAGAGAUGAGUGUGUCCCACGGCAGAUAGAGUUCCUCUCAUAUCAUGACCGGUUGGGUUUAGUUCUUGUGGUGCUAGCUGCUUCUCUGUCAGCUGUUACUGUUUUCGUGAUUGGGAUAUUUAUUAAACACAAGGAUAGUCCAAUUAUAAAAGCCAAUAACCAGAACCUCAGCUUCAUACUCCUCAUUACCCUCAUUCUGUCCUUCUAUUGCCCCUUCUUAUUCAUUGGAAAACCUACAAAAAUGUCCUGUCUGCUUCGGCAAGUCACUUUUGGAAAUGUUUUCACUGCUGCCAUUUCCUCUGUGUUGGCAAAAUCAGUUAUUGUUGUUUUGGCUUUUAAUGCUACAAAACCAGGCAGAAAUAUGAGGCAUUUCCUGGGUAAAAAUGUGUCUAUAUAUCUGGUACUUAUGUGCUCAUGUGGGGAAGUUCUGAUAUCUGCUGUGUGGCUGAUUUAUUUUCCACCAUUCCAGGAAUAUAAUACUGAAGUAGAGGUUACCAAGAUAAUAUUACAGUGCAAUGAAGGAUCUGUGGUAGCUUUCUACUUUGGGAUCGGCUAUAUAGGAUUGUUGGCUUUUCUAAGCUUUGUUGUUGCCUUUUUAGCCAGAAAACUGCCGGACACUUACAAUGAAGCUCAGAAUAUCACUUUCAGUAUGCUGGUGUUCUGCAGUGUUUGGGUAACCUUCAUCCCAGCCUACCUCAGCACCAAAGGCAAAUAUAUGGUGGCUGUAGAGGUAUUCGCUAUCCUGGCAUCUGGUGCUGGACUUCUCUUCUGUAUCUUUAUACCUAAAUGUUAUAUUAUACUAAUCAGGCCUGAACUGAAUGUUAAAGUGAGCAUGGUGUUGGGAAGACAGCGGAAUAAGUAA